GUACCAGAAGCUGAAAUAAUGGCCGCUAACUUUGUGAGCGCUUCCAAGGCGAUUGUCCUGCUGGCGCUUUGCUUCGUCGUGAUGUGCAAAACUGUGGCUGCCGGGCCUCAGCAUACCUGCGCAUACCCUCAAGCUUGCACCGAUCCGGGUCAUAGUGACUCCGGCCACCAAGUGACUUCAACCGCCCAAUACAACCCGACCACUGGGCAGUGCGAGACCAUCCCGUCGGAGACCGGAGCUCACAACUGCCAGAAGUUCGCGACCCUCGAAGACUGCGAGCAGAACUGCGGGAAUGCCGGACAGUAAACCGAGGCAUGAUCCAACAACCCCGAGAACACGCAUGGUCGACGACGACCACCCGUUCUGUGAUAGUGAAAAUAAAUCAUUUCUGAGAAAUUA